GGAAACUCUUUAUCAAGUGAACAGUUUCAGGAAUAGAUGGUCUUUGUUAUUUAUCAAUCUUCUGAUUUCUAGAUCCAAUUUCCUUACAAAGUCUUACCAAGCCAGAAAUCAACUUCAUCACCCUCAAAGUAUCCAAAAGCUUUUCAAAAAAUCAACAAAUAGUAAUCGAGAAUCCAUCCCAUCAACUAGAAAACAUGUCCACCACCACGAUCCUAGCAUCACUUCUUCACCACAUCGAAAACUUCCUCGCCUACCUUUUCACGCCCUUGAAUACAUAUCUCUCAUCCUCCGCACAACAAUUUCUCAUCAUCUCCUCGGCCUGCUUCACAGCCAUCAUCAUCUCCUCCUUCCUAAACAAGACCGUCAACACUUUCGGCGCUCUACUCACACGCAUACCCAUUUGUCCCGAAACCAUUCUCACCCAAGCAAUCGGGGAACUCGAAGCCAUUCCCACAUCUACCGAAACGCUUCUCGGCCAAGCUAUCUUGAAAUUCGAAUCGAUACGGAAUUAUAAAAAUGUCAGAAAUCAUGAGAAUAUACGAGAUUACAAGAUGGGUUUCAAAAAUACAAAGGCUUGUUGGAAACCAACAGCCAAACAGACAAAGCACAUGCUCGGGGCUUUGUACGGAAUUUUCCUGGCAUGCUAUUUCGCAUAUGUGGUUAUGGAGUUUGAAGGCUGGGUGAGGAAGGGGAUUAUCGUACUUUCGGGGUUGAGUUUGGUUAAUGUGAGGGUUUUGAGUUUGUUGGGGGGAGCUAGAGGAGGGGAUUUGGUAAUGUCAGGAAUCCCUUUGGGUUUGUUGUUGAUAGGGAGGGGACUUCUGUACUGACUGAGAUAGGGGUCGAAAGUAGAGGUCUUUUUGUGACUGCGUACGGGCUGUGACUGGAAAUAUGAGUAUUAAGUCUCUCGUCUUUAGAUAAAACAUGCUAAGAUGACAGAUGUAUACUUGGAAGUGUUCAUAUUGGCUUGGGCGUUCUCGUGAGUUUGAUAUCAGGGGCGUUAUAGGAUGGCUUUUGGGGUUGCUGAGCAUGACUGGGCUAUUUUCAGCAGGAGAAAUCUCAAUUUGAAUAUACUAGGAGUUUGAUAAGUAUCUUUAUUGUUGUUUCUAGUAUUUAGGGCAAACAGAAUAGCGACGAGGGAUAUCAUUACAAGCUGUGGAAGUGUUUUGGGAUCUUCCAGCAGAGGUAGCUGCAAAUGGCUGAUGGCCAACCUAGGGCCAACCUAAGCCAUCGUAUAAAGGACAAUCAAACAUCAAAAUAUUGUGAGCCCA